AUGCCACAAUGGGGCCCCUAUGGAGUUUGGGUGCUGUAUCCUCCGGUGGCGCCUAUGCAUAGUCAACAAAGGUGGGGAGAGCCUGCUGGUCAAGUUCCAAGAACCUCCGUGUUUAGCCGAUUGAACAAUGGUCAAUCGAGCUCCGGCAGUGCAAGUCAAGAUCGUGUGAUUACUUCCAGGACUCUGACUCCACAAGAAUCGGGAAAGGCACCAAUGCAGCAAGGUUAUGUGCCUAAGAAGGUUGAAGUUCCCGUCGUUCCCUCACCAAGAGCUAGGCCUCAAUCGGUCAUCACAAUCGGCUCCAUAGAAGCUCCUAUUUCUAAUCAUAAUGGGCCAAUUGUAAUUGAAGAAAUUCCAGCACCCAAGCAAGAUGAAGCUCCUAAAGAAGUUGCUAGAGUUGAAGAGAAGAAACGCGCCAAAGGAGAUUCUAAGUAUCGGCAACCCAUAUGGUGUCCUCGUGGGUUGAAUAAAACUCAAUGA